AUGGAGAAGUCGUCAUCCAACAUGACCCCAUUCGUGGUCGCGUUGUGGAUCUUCGUUGGCGCCGCGGCGGUUGUAUGUGUCCUUGCCUACAUGUUGUUCAAGUUGCGCCAGCGCCGUCUCGCCGGCACCAACUGUGGCGCCAACUCUCCCAACGAAGGAGGUGUGAUCUACGAUACAUUGGCCACUCCAGUGAUGGCCUACAAAGUCAAGACCGUCGACACGCCGAAAGGAUCGCAGCAUGUGUUGGAGGCCGCGAUCUAA